GCUGACAAGAGGCUCUCAGUCAUCGGUGAGCCUCUGAUGUAGAAUCAAGUUUCUCCUCUGCAAUAUGAAGGCCAGGGGGAGGCUCCUGUUCGGCCUCGUUGCCUUAGCAUCUUCGUUUCAGAUUCAAGACGACUGCCUUGUGAAAGAGCACAUCGAGGACAGUGAUGUGAUGUUUGACACCCUGGAAUUCCUUAGCCUCGUUGAAGAAAAUUCUCCUGCUGUAGAUGUUUUACUGACCUGCCAGAAUGCCGGCCCGAUUUACCUGCUCAGUAUUGGCCUAGAACAUUUUUUAUUGAAGAAAUCGGGUCAGGAGAAGCCAGUACAAGAGGAGUCUUGGGAUCAGUUAACAAAGACAGCAGGGUGGAGAAGGUUCAAGCUUGGUUUGGCAAAUAAAACGAUGACUCUGGAAUGCGACAGCAAGCCGUUGUUGCAAAAGGCCUUCAAACUUGGUUGCACUGUUGGCGGGAUCAAAAUCACCAAAGGAAGAUUUACACGGAAGUGUUCUCCUGGCACACCUACUUGGGUGGUUGAGAACGACUCGGAAUUAGAGCUUCCCUUAGUCCAGAUGGAGAAAGGCGUUCGAGAAAGCUUUACAUUAUUUUCCCUGGAGCCUUUCACUCCCUCCUUCAGCAUGAAAGGGGCAAAGGUCAAUCUAGGAUUUCGCGGCGACUCGUUGGUGACAAGCGGCGACAUGAAACCGCUUCCGGCCGGGCCACACGAUGUCUCGUUCCAGAUCUUCUCUGAGGGAAACAGAACGAACCUCAAGGUGACGAAGGAUGGACAUAUUGUACAAGAAACGGCCCUCGAAGAUUCUCCGAAGUGCAUGGAAGUGUCGGGCGACAAGAAGUUUGUGCUGGUGCAGAAACUUGGUCAGACUGUCCCACGCAAUGAACACUGCAACGGCCCAGGUGAACACUGCAACGGACCAGGAAGUAUCGAGAAGCGAUUGAAUGUUCUUUGGUAUUUCUAUAUUCGUCGUCCUAUGUUAGCUGAUAUCCAAAUGGAGCCGGAUCUGCAGGAAACAAAAGUUAGAAUAUCUAUUGAAAAGCGUACUAAGUGUACUAGUCGAAUUACGAGACAUUUGAACCCAAAUGCCAAUGCUCCAAGAGGGAUACCUUCUACUUUCAUAAAACUCUUUGAACAAUAUAGGGUUAAGCCGGCAGUGAACAAUGAAUUGUGGUGCCUGGCGGGAGUCCUGGCAGUGGUGUCGACUUCGUUCGUGGCUCAUCUAGUCUUCCAUUACUGCUACUCGCGAAUUUGCAAGAAGGAUGGCUCAGAGAGACAAAUUGUUUCAACUAAGAAUACUGAGCAAAAACCAUCUCACCGUCAGUCUUCCAUUCCUGAAGGAACUUCUUGUCCUGCAUACCUCGAACCUGUGUCUGUACCCGUGGCGCAAUUUCGGGGAGGAGCCAUAACCAGCAGCCGUACCCUUGGCCGCAGGAGCGUCAUGAGGGUACCUUGCAGCAUAGAGCACCUGUACGAGGAGGUCGAUGAGACGCGACUGACAGCCAUUGACCGAUCUCUCACUGCGGAACACAUGGAGUCCGACUGGUCUUCCUCAGGCACUGCCGGCAGUCAGUAA